UGUAUCCCUGCGUAGCAGACAAGGCGGUGGCAAGGGUGAUUUCCUCUCCCCAAUAAUGCCAUGUGGCGGUCUCUCCCACCCAGCGCAAGCACCAAGCGCCACCUACGAGAAUGGGAGCGAAGAACACAGGCAGCGAAGGACAACCUGCCUGCAGUAGUGUAGUCUGUGUGGCUAUUGACUAUGGUGUAGUGUAGUUGACUUUACGGCGACAGCCAAGUUACUCCUGAGGCGCUUGAUACAAGCGCCCACCCUGUCUUAAAAGGGUUUAGGUACUGGAACUAACUAACUAACUAACUAACCCGUGACCCGUCUCUCCCAUAGGGGAUCGCCAGCUGUCCAGGUCUCUAGUAUAGAGUAGGUCGUGAUAUGUACUCGCUUCGAGUUUUGUUUCAGCCUACAAGUCAAGUCAAUCCAAGUGGAAGAACGGCGUCGCUAGAGAAACUUCUUAUUCAACGUGGCGGUCCGAGAAUGAACGCGAAGCGAAGAAAAGGGCCAUCAAAAGCAGAGGAGAGAAAAGGAAGUGAGCAUCCUGCGAAGGCCCCACUUAACUUACGACGAAGGGUAACAGCACGAGUUCUGUUAUCUCUUGCACUGAUUGCGGUGCUGUACCUGUCAGCAGUUUGGAGGAGUAACGUUUCCACCACAUUUGCGAGCUUUAGCGAAAACUUGACUGUGAAGUUCCAGGCUGUUACGUGCUCAAAUGACUACAUCAAUGAGAGUCACCUGUUCCCUGAGUGCGUUCCAAGGAGGUGCGGACGAGUGGCUUCAGACAGUGUGGUUACCCCUGAAGAGGUCACAAAAUUGCGGCAGAUAGUACAAAACGGUAUGGCCCUGAGCCGAUCCAGCGGUGGUGCAUCCAUCCUGGAUCUACACUCUGGUUCUGUCUCUCAUGGCGAGGGGUUUGUUAAUAUCUAUAAGUUUGCUAAGAAAAAAGGUGUGCAAUACCCAUUUAACGAAGAGGAUUUUCAACUUUAUAGGCAAGUGAAGGAUAAAGUACACACACUGGUAUCUCAUCAGUUCGCUGUGCCUCCAAAGCACCUGUACCUCACUCACCCGACAUUCUUCUCAGAAAUGACAGACCGUGAGGCUCGCACUGUUCAUGACAACUACUGGCAAAUCCAUGUUGACAAGGAGACAUACGGGUCGUUUCACUACACUUCGCUGGUGUACCUGUCCGAUUAUGGGCAGGAUUUUGAGGGGGGUCGCCUCAUCUUCGUUUCUGACGCUGGAAACGCCACGGUGGAACCUAAGAAAGGACGCAUCGUGUCUUUCACCUCUGGCUCGGAAAAUCCGCACCACGUAGAGAAGGUUAUGAGAGGGGUUCGCUAUGCUCUGACGGUCUCCUUCAGCUGCGAUCCUGCUAAGGCCAUCGAAGACCCUCGGCCAGCCGCCUAGGCCGCGUAGCCAUCACCAUCAUCACCUCUGCAUGGUGCGAGUGCUGAACACGAUCAGUGUGCAAGUCAUGCGUGCGUGGCGCUGUUCCGUGUAAUGUUUCCUCACCUUGCCGAGAAUGAGCCUCUGACACAGAACGAAAUUGAAAGUGGUUCUUCGAUAUAAUGGUAGACAAAUGAUGGUAAGAGGUCCGAAGUGGACCCAGAAAUGCCAACAAUAAUAAAGCUAACGGAAGUAAUAUGAGUAUAACACACUGACGACUACACUACCACAUGGUACAUACAAGACUAUUGCACGGUGGUGGGGAGGAAAAACGACACCAGAACGAAAUCUCUAAGUGCAUAUUCCACAGUGUCUCAUCUAUGAUAACUAAUGUCCAUUCUAUUCCUUUUUAUUCAUUUCCUGCCUAUAGUGUCACAGGCAAACACAGGUGCCGGAACACCUGUUACGGGUCCAGUGCAAUUUAAUACCUGCUUUUGUGCACGUCAUUUCAAUAAAUCCUUACUAUACCCUA